CCGCCCCCCGCCCCAGCGCCGCCAUGGCGGAGUGGGCCCCCGCCCAGCUCCAGGAAUGGAACGUGGAGGCCCAACAUCUGAUGCCUCUCCAGCCCCCGCUGGUCCCCGAGCUGAGCCACAUGCGAGAAGCGCAACUGCACACCGCCGAGGCCUCCCUCUGGAGCGUGGUGGCCACCGUCCAAGCCAUGGAGAGGAAGAUUGACCUGUUGGCCACCCGUCUGCUCAGCCUGGAAGGCCGAUCAGGGACGGCCGAGAAGAAACUGUUGGAUUGUGAGAAGACAGCUAUGGAGUUCGGCAACCAACUGGAGAACAAGUGGGCCGUCCUGGGCACCCUCAUUCAAGAAUACGGCCUCCUGCAGAGAAGGCUGGAGAACAUGGAGAACCUUCUGAAGAACCGCAACUUCUGGGUCCUGAGGCUGCCCCCGGGAUCCAAGGGAGAGAUCCCCAAGAUGCCGGUUACGUUUGUGGACAUCGCGGUUUAUUUCUCCGCCGAAGAGUGGAAGAAUUUGGCCGACUGGCAAAAAGACCUGUACAACAAUCUCGUGAAGGAAAACUACGAAUCCUUGCUAACCCUCGGGGCCGACGUCAGCGUCUCCAAGGCCGAGAUGCCCCCCAGGAGUGACCGAGGGGCGCCCCAACCCUGCGUCCCGGAGCCGAGUGCGAAAGAGCGCGAAGUGAUCCCCGAGCCUUGCACAGGACCCUUGGCCUCCACGCCGGACAUCCUGACCCGCAUCAAGCAGGAGGGGUCGUACGGUGGCGGGGGUCCCUUCUCCGAGGACCGAGGCCUGGUGGCGGACCCGUGCGCAGGUGGCCAGGCGCUCAUGUCCGCCCACGACUUUUUAUCCUGGAUUAAACAGGAGGAGGAUCCGUGUGUCCGACCGCAGUGGCUCCCGUCGGAAAGAGAGACGCUUCCGGUGCAAGGCGGCCCAGCUGGAGACGGGAUGGUCAUCAAAGCAGAACAGCCACGCCUGUGCCCCGAAGAGCCGGCGAGACCUCGGGAGAUGCUCUUCCACGGAGAGUCACCUGCAGCAGCUGGUCUCGCCGUUCCUCCCACAGCGGAAGGCUAUGAUGCGCCUCGCGUGCCGCCCGCCAGCCCCAGCAAAUGCCGAGUGGGUAAACCUCUGGAGUUAGACAACGAGCUGCAAAGCAUCUUGGGCCCUCCUCAGGGUUCGGCCGAGCGUCCCCACGGCUGCAGCGAGUGCGGCAAGAUGUUUGGGGUGAAAAAGAGCCUCAAGGUCCACCAGCGCAGCCAUCACGGCCAAGCCCGGCUGUACGAAUGCGCCGAGUGCCGCAAGAGUUUCAACUGCCACUCGGGUUUGGUACGGCAUCAAAUGACCCACCGGGGCGAGCGUCCCUACAAAUGCGCCGAGUGCGGCAAAUGUUACAGCCGCAAGGAACACCUGCAGAACCACCAGCGGCUGCACACGGGCGAGCGCCCCUUCCAGUGUCCCGUCUGCGGGAAACGCUUCAUCCGGAAGCAGAAUCUUCUCAAGCACCAGCGCAUUCACACGGGUGAGCGCCCCUACCAGUGCGCCGAGUGUGGGCGCAGCUUCCGUUACAAAGAGUCGCUCAAGGACCACCUGAGGACUCACGGCGGCGAGGCCUCAGCCCAGCGGCUUUUGCCCGUCUUGGGGAGCGACGGUCUUCCCUAGCAUUUUGCAGCGGCGGGGAAGAGCUCAGCCACUCGGCCCGUCCGUUGAAGCCUGCCAGUGUUCCCUCCGGACCCCCCAGUCUCACAUCUGCAGUUCUGCCGAAUCUGACAGAACAGCUGGAUGCAUAGCAGCUGGAAAAGAUGGACUUGUUCUGCGCCAGAAGCUACACCGAGUACCAUAAAACCGUUUCUGAAAAGGGACGCUGCGGUGUCCAUGGGCAAGGUACGCCGAGCGCCCUGAAGCCGUUUCUGAAAAGGGACGCUGCGGUGUGCACGGGCGAGGUGCGCCGAGCGCCGUGAAGCCGCUUCUGAAAAGGGACGCUGCGGUGUGCACAGGGGAGGUACGCCGAGUGCCGUGAAGCCGCUUCUGAAAAAGGACGCUGCACGUCUAGCUGCUUGCAACCAACUAAUCUGACUCCUUUUCAGCUGAGGAUGCUAACGGUGCGAGAAUCACACCUCCCAGUACAGAAAGGUCCCGACUAUUUGGGGGAAUUUAGAAUAUGGGGGGGGGCAGACACAGGAAGUCUGAAAAGAUUUCCGACCCCCAAUUUCCUCCUUCCCUCCCUCCCUCCCUCUGUACUGGCGCACCUGUGCGGUACGUGCACUUGUGCAGGAUGUUUAUUCCUUGUACGUAAGACACUAACGCCGAGCGGUCCCAUUUUGCUGGAUGCUCAACCUUCAUUGUGCGUCCUUUGGGCUUCUGUUAGACACCGCCAGCCACAGAGUGAUACCUUUUCCCAUCGGUGUCUGGCGGAGUGACUCGCAACUUUCUAGCGGCAGAACCACGCUCCGGAUGGAUCGCGUGCUAAAAAAAAAAAAAGAUGUUUUUCCAAAUGUACGGACGGAACCCUUUAAGCAGAAAGCUUUCCGUUCUGUAGCUCGCACUCGUGGGACAUCACAUUCGAAUCACCGGUUGUUUCCUUUCUCUUUCUUUUCCUCUUCGCUUCCUUUUAUGGUUCACAGUUUUGUUGCGAGUGCGGGAAAAAUCUUUCGGCCCUCCGAACGAAAUUGUGCACAUCUGACCUGUGGCAAUCCUGUUCAUUCGUUCUCCCCGGGGUCUCCCCCCUCUGCUGCUUUUAGGAUUUUAAAACUCCCGUUAUCUCACGUGGGCCGCCUCGUUGGGUUUUUUGGUUUUUUUUUUAAUGAACAAUAUAUUAAACACCCCCACACAGAGAGACAUGUUCUUUUCAGGAUGUAGUUUUGUAUCAAAGGUGUGUUGCAAAUACAGACCGCUUCCCAAAAAAAAAAAAAA